CAACUCCAUAAUUCUAUUGUUUCAACAUGGACUGAAAUCCCUGCUAGAUAUUUCUGACACCUUGUUGAAUCUUGGGCAUGAAGUUUAAAGUAUUUCUGAAGGCAAAACUGGGUCCAACUUAGUACCAGCAAAUCUUAGUAUGUCUUUUAUUCUGUGGUAAGGAGGAAAACAAACUACAUGUUGCAACCUUCUUGGUAGCUGCUUAAAGCGGAGAUUGUUAGGACGGUGUUUGAGGACAAUUUACAUGUUUUUAAAAGUUGGCACCAAACAUACUUUUGCUAAUGAGGACAGUGAACAAGCCAUAGGGGUGCACCGAUUGAAUUUUUCUGGCUGAUCACCAAUUAUUGAUCUUUAAAAAGCCUGACCUGCCUAUUCCGACUUUUUCCCUAACUGACACUGUCAGGUGUCAUAAGGUCACAACACAGGUUGUCAGCAGUUGUGAACCGUGCACAUGCAGACGUGACCCAGUGGGUUAGGGGUCUGUUAGUCAGCCCUCUCUCACGGCAGAGCAAAAGGGGACAGCGGGUGAUUUUCAGUCCUUUGUAGAGGUGAAUAAAAUUGGUGGAUCAGAUUGAUUUUACAUGUACAGUAAGUAUUGGCCGAUCACCCAAAAUUAAGGAAAUCGUGUCCGAUCGAUCAGUGCAUCCUUAGCCGUUACCCUAAUAAGUCAAUUAAGAAAUAUUGCCUGAAAACAUUCAUAAAGUUUUAGAUGUCUUGAGGUGCUCCAACUCCUCAGUGACUUUAUUUACUUUGUUCUCUUAAAUUGUUCAAAAGAAAACCCUAAAUUUGAACUGACACUAACUUGAUGUCUUACCAAUUUAUUUUCUGCACCUGUCAUCAAAAUGAUGUUUGUUGGGAUUAAGGACAUGGAAAAAGACAAAGUACAGUGAUAAGCAGCAGUUGUCUGGGCGUGACACUGAACUUUGAUCCACUCUGCAUGUGUAUUUUUUAUGUCUCCAGGAAACGUCCAGAUCUCACCACCCAUAACACGUCAUGUCCUCCAACCUCCAUUAGCUGAUCUUUUGCCCAUUUCCUGACUUCUCUUCUUUUACCCUCUGUUUCGUUCCUCUCUGCUGUGUGCCUCCUGAGCUGGAUGUAUUUUAUCUCCAGCUGCCUAUAAGCGGAUAUCCGUGGGUGUGUGUGGGAUGUUGUGUCAGGGCUAAAACCCAUCCCUCUCCCAUGAGCCUGUGUGCCCACACACACACACACGGCGCCUCGACGCACGCACUUGGCGCCCACGCACCCCUAGCCGGCACUGACGCUGUGAACUGGACCCUCAGAGCCCGGCAGAGCUCAGCCGAGCCAAGCGGAGCGCAGUCUAGCCCACUUGGAGCCUGAGGAUGUCAACAGAGACAGAGCUACAGCCAGCGGUCAGGCCCAGCAGCGUUAGACGGGACUCCAAGAGGAAAGGGCAGGAUCGCAGCGAGGCAGCUCUCAUCAGGCGUUUUAAGGGCGAUGGCGUCCGCUACAAGGCCAAACUUAUCGGCCUGGACGAGGUCACUGCUGCCCGCGGAGACAAGCUCUGCCAGGACUCAAUGAUGAAGCUCAAGGGUAUAGCUGCUGCAGCACGGUCUAAAGGGGAACACAAACAGAAGGUGUUUCUAACUGUUUCCUUCGGAGGGAUCAAGAUCUUUGAUGAGAAGACGGGGAUCCUCCAACACCACCAUGCUGUCCAUGAAAUCUCCUACAUUGCCAAGGACAUCACGGACCACAGAGCCUUUGGUUACAUCUGUGGGAAGGAGGGAAAUCAUCGUUUUGUGGCCAUCAAAACUGCCCAGUCGGCUGAGCCUGUGAUUCUGGACCUGCGGGACUUGUUCCAGCUCAUUUAUGACAUAAAGCAGAGAGAGGAGAUGGAGAAAAAGGCCCAGAAAGACAAGCAGUGUGAGCAGGCAGUCUACCAGACGAUACUGGAGGAGGACCUGGAAGACCCAGUCUACCAGUACAUUGUAUUUGAGGCUGGACACGAACCCAUCCGUGACCAAUCAGAAGAAAGCAUUUAUCAGGUUCCCACCAGUCAGCAGAAGGAAGGGGUCUAUGACGUCCCAAAGCGACACCCAAAUGGACAUCAAAACACCCCUCAUCAUCAUCAUCAUCAGCAUCAUCAUAAGCAUGAGCAACCUGUCCAACAACAACAGCAGCCGAAGCAGCAGGAAGUUGCAGAUCUGAUAGACUUAGACCUGGAUAGGGUGACUCAGAACAUCAGCCAGUUAGAGAUUUUCGGAGACAUGUCCACACCACCUGACAUAACCUCCCCAUCUACCCCGGCGUCUCCUGCCAACACCCUCGACCCCUCACAGGGUCUGCAGCCCCCCACGGAACUGUUCGCUCCCUUUAAUCCUGCGUCCAUGCCCUCAGGUUAUGUGACAAUGGGAGCAGUACCUCCUGGGCACUGGUCCCAGCAGGCAUUUGCUGCCCAGACGCCGCUAGCCUUCGGGGUCCAGUCUCCUCUCGGCCCUGUAGCCCAGGUGAUACCGGGCGGACAGCCUCUGAUCUGGGGCCAAGCGAACAUCUUCCCCGCCACCCAGCAGCAGUGGGCCGCCAUGGCAGCUGGAGCCUUUUCCCCGACAGCCUACCUCCCAGCCCAACCAGUUGGCACUCUGCCCGCUGCGAUGUUCCAGACCCUCACCCCUGUCGCAACUGUGACUUCGGCCAGCGAGAGCCAGUCGGGUACUGGGGCCAGUGCUUCUGCUCCAUCCCCGUCAGCUUCGUCGAGUCCACAGCACGGAGAGAGGGCAAAGAAGAUUGGCAAGGAGAUGUUCAAGGAUUUCCAGCUGGCGAAGCCUCCAGCGAUGCCGUCCAAGAAGGGCGAUCAGCCCAAUUUAAUGGGAACCUCAGAGGCAUUCAGCUCUUAUUUCAGCCGUGUGGGCACCGCCCAGGACACGGACGACUGUGAUGACUUUGACAUUUCUCAAAUGAAUCUGACUCCGGUCACCUCCACAACGCCAUCCACCAACUCUCCUCCCACACCAGCCCCCAGGCAGAGCUCCCCAUCCAAGUCCUCAGCUUCUCAUGUCAGUGACCCCCCCACCGAUGCCACAGACCCCCCUACAGACGACUCGUUCGGAGAAGCAGAGGGCAGUCCUAGUCGCAGCGGAGAGGAGGAUGCUGCAUGUGGUUCUGGGUCACCCUGCCCCAGUGAGACAGCAGAGCCCAGCCCAGAGCAGGCCAGUCCAGAGGCUGGGAGCUAGAUAGCAGCAGGGCAGGAAGGGGAAGGACCCUCUCUACGCCCAGAUCAACAAGGGGAAGAAAUAAAGAGAUACCCAGGAAGACAGACCUGACCAGCACUGAGCAAACAGGAGGAAAACCCUUUACCUCUGAGUGUGUGUGUGUAUGUGUGGGUUGGUGUGUGUGUGCAUGUCUGGCACAUCCCCGCCUGGCCAAGCCCUUCAUCUUCUCUUCCUGCUAACAACCUCCCAGGAGGAGCUUCAACACUCCCACAGUUCUCCUCCUCCUCCUCCUUCUCCUCCUCCUCCCCUCUGCAGUAUUUCCUCCUCAUAAGAUGAGAGAGCCUUCUCAGUCAUUCUCCACAAGCAGAAGGGACAUCCAUCACUGAGACAGGUCCAGCUCUCCCUCUGCCGCGCUGUCUUCUCCGCUCUUUUCUCCUCUCCCUUCAGCGACUCACACCCAGCCUUAUGGACAUGAGCCACUCCUCUCCCCCCACCCCCACUCCCCCUCCUUCCAUCACUCUCACACCUUUUCCCUUUCCUAUCGUGUCUGGCCAGAGACUUUGCCGCCUGGAAGAGACUAAGUCAAGCAGUGCCUCCCUGUUUGUGACGCACACACAUGCACUCAUCGUUUUUAACGGACAGAACCUGCAUCCGUAUAGUGAGGCGAUCUCCCGGGAGGUGCCUAGACUCUUAGCGGGCCUUUCAGGGAUGGCCUGUCACUGGGGAUCACUGUUUCUGAUUGGUUGGUUGGUUGAUUGAUUUGGGUGUUUUCUACCCCUUGCUUGUGAGUGUCUGCUGGAUUACUAUGCAGAAUCAGACUCUCUGGGAGCUACUCACACACCAACCCUACGCAUCCUUUGCACACAGCAGUGAGUCUACAUGCAAACACACACACACAGCCAUGCCACACCUUGUGUAACAUGCGUAUACGCAGUAAUUUGCCAAACGUCUCUGGCGCAGAGGCCAGACAACCAGACCAUGGUGGAGGAAUGGACCCUGGGAGGGAAGAGUUGCAAGUUUAAACAUAUUCUGUGAUUGAACUCUUCAUUCUCUAUAGCUUUUGUACAAUAAUGAUUUAAAAGGAAAAAAGAGAGAUCAACCUGAGAAAUGUAAUUUUUAUUUUAUAAGUCAAUCAAGCCGCUGGGGUCAGCUCUAUAGGAAAAUAGAGUCAACAUGGCUUUAAGGCAUCCGAUCGUUGAUUUGCCAAACUCAUUUUGUAAAUAAUGAGAAUAACAACAACCAUUUUGUCCACUGGACAUCUGUGCCAUAAAAUAGGAAGGCUUAAGUUAUGCAAACUCUUAACAUUAACCCAAGCAAUACCAACACACAGUGCCUUGCAGAGAUAUUCACUCACCUUACAUUUUUUUUUUUACAUUUUGUCACUUUAUAACCACAAACCUUAAUGUAUUUUGUUGGGAUUUUAUGAGACAGACCAACACAACGUAAUGCAUAGCAGUGAAGCAGAAGGAAAAGGUUACAUGAUUUUUUAUUUUGUUACCAACAGAAAUCCCUAAAUAGAUACCUGUAAAUUAAAUCUGGUGCAACCACUUUCUUUUAAAAGUCACUUAAAUAAGAAAUAGAUUCCAUCAAGUGUUGACUGAAAUUGUAUUCAGCCCGCAUUACAUUAAUACCCUUUAUGAAAUAUAGUGCAACCAUUUGCAUUCAGAAGUCACCUAUUUAGUAAGUAGAGUCUAAUCAUAAAUGGUUCAACAAAGUAUUGUCUGAAUAUGCACUCUUUACUCUGAUACCCUUAACUAAGAUCUAGUGUUACUCUAAUGAAGAGUAGAGAAUAGAGUCUUGGGAAAGGUUGUCCAAGGUAUUUCAUGACAUUACCUUCAGCCCCAUUUACUCUGAUUGCCCUAAAAAAAUCUAAUCCAUUCAUUUGCCUUCGGAAUUAAUAAGCAAAUAGAGUCCAGUGAAAGGCGGUUGAGCCCCUUUUACUGUGAAACCCCUGGAGAAAAUGUAGUGCAACCAGUUGCCUUUAUAAGUUUAAUUAAUAAAUGCUCCAGUGAAAGGUGGUUGUACAAAGUAUUGACACGAGAGCUUAAUGUAAAUCUAUGCCAGGUUUAUCAAGUUUUUAUUUUUAACAACAAAAAAUUGAAAACCAUGUUUCCCUUUCCUUCCACAUUCCUGCAUUAUUUUGUGUUGAAGUGUCCCAAAACAUCCCCCCAAUAUACACUGAGAUUUGAGGCUGCAAUAUGACAAAGUGUGAAACAUCCUGUAUUGUGAAUAUUUUUGCAAAGCACUGCAGGUUUAUGUUUUUCCAGUUUGCUUUGUUUUGUUUGCAGCUUCAGCUCUGCCCUGCAUCAUUUUCUGCAGCUUUUUAAAUGUGUCACUCAAUAACUCCAGCUCUUAGACCAAGCAACACGACCCCCUUUGUCUUCUGAGGUCCCAUCACUUCAGAUGUUUUUUAUGCCCAAAGCAUAUUAGCUUCUACAGUUUGUUUGCCAACCCCCACGUGGACUAGCCCUGUGCUUUUAAACCACAAAACACUGGUGUUUCAGACAGCGGCUACGGCCACACCAACUGACUGUAGGCAUGUCUACGAGCCCCCUUCAUCCAUCGCCUGUUGGUCGGGUGCCAAAUUCCCACUGCAACAUCCCCGGCUACAGCUUCAUUAACUGUGAUGCCAAUAUAUCCCUAUUUUAUGGCCAGGGUCCCCAUGCCACUCAAACUAUUUUGGACUAGGAUAAUAAAUAACAUACAAACUCUGACACUACUAGACAGUGAGGAAAGAAGCGGAAUAAAAAAGGGAACUGUUGCUGUUUGAGUACAUAACAUUUCUAGACCUAUUUUAACUUUACCUCAGCUAAUACUUUCUUAAUGUAAAUUGAAGCAUUAUUUUUAUCUUUAUUGAAUAUGACAUUCUACAGUGGGUUUUUAGAUGAUUUUUUGGGUUCUAUCUUGAUUUACGUAUUCCAUCAUGUAUUAUUAUUACCUGUUACGAAUAAACACUCCCCAAAUGA